AUGGCGCAGCUCAUCCUUUUAGAUGCAGCCUCAACACCCAGCCAGGUGUGGCAGGCUGUGCAGGCAUCCUUGCAUGCCUGGCGUGAACCACGCUUGGCAACCUGGGCCCUUAGCCAGCUCAAAGCGCAGAGGAAAGGCGCCACAGCAGCUCAGGUUUUGGACGCCAUGCAUCAUCUGGCCUGCGAGACCUCAUCCUUCCACAGCAACACUGUGAUCAGUGCUUGUGCCGAGAGCGGGUUGUGGCAAUUGGCGCUGCAUGUUCUGAACUACAUGCCUAAGUUGACCGCUGAGCAGAACAUCAUCAGCUACGGCAGCUGCAUCGCAGCAUGUGACAGCUGCAGCCAAUGGCAACAUGCUUUGCAACUUUUUGAACUUUCAGCGAAGGCACGGCUACAGCCAUCCGUCAUAACAUAUAACAGUUUAGUGAAUGCGUGUGGUGCAGCGGGAGAGUGGCAAUUAGCAUUGCACUUUUUCUGGCACUUGUCUCACCUGGCCUUGCAACCAACUGUCGUCAGUUACGGUAGUGCCAUCAAUUCCUGUGAGAAAGCGGGGGAGUGGAAGCUGGCUUUCUCACUUCUUCAUGUUGCGCCCACAUCUGGACUACGCUCAAACACCAUUAUGUAUGACGCUUGCAUCAGCACCUGCGGCAAAUGUGGCCAGUGGCAGAUGGCGUGCCUUCACUUGAGCCAUAUGGUUGCAGCAUCAAUCAGGCGAAUAGACAUCAGCUUCAACUCUGGCAUCAGUGCAUGUGAGAAGAACAGCUGUUGGAAGAAUGCAUUGAAAGUUUUUGGUGGAAUGCCCGCAGACAAUGUUGGGCACGAUUUCAUCAGCUUCGACUCGGCCAUCAGUGCUUGUGAGAAAGCAGGGCAGUGGAGCGAAUCAAUGGGUUUGCUUAGCAAGAUGAAGAGCCAGAAGUUGGAGCGUGUAGUGAUCACCUACAAUUCUGUCAUCAGUUCUUGUGAGAAGGGAGGACAGUGGAAUCACGCACUUGGUGUGCUCGCCAUCGUGCGCUCCGCGUAUGUUAGAGCCAGUGCCAUCACUUUCAACUCAUCGAUCAGCGCUUGUGAAGCAUGUGGAUGUUGGAAGCUAGCUUUACGUCUCCUGAACGAUAUGUCAGAAGCAAUCCUGAGCCCCACUGCGGUCACUUAUGGUGCAGCGAUUGGAGCUUGUGAGAAGGGAGAGCAGUGGAAUUGGGUCUUGCGCUUCCUCCGCGAUUGGCUGCAGAGCCAACCUGAUGCAAACGAGAUAACAUGCAGAGCUGCAGUCGCUGCUUGUGUGCGGGGAGACUGCUCGCAGCAAACUGUGGCUCUCUUGCACGGCAUGCGCGCGGCUUGCAUUGACAGGUUGCCGGCAUGA